AUGCUUUACAGACUCCUCAGAACCAUCGCAAUUGGUAGCACUCUGCUGCUUGCCAGCGUAACUGGAGGAGCGCACCACGAGACGACGCAACUGAUCAUUGAUGCUGACAUAUUUAGCGUAGUUGAUGACACCGCCGCUCUCUUCCUCGCCUCGACCCUCCCCAACGUCAACCUCCUCGCCGUCAACGUGCACACGCAAUCCUCCGCCCUAGCCGUCUCCGCCAUCGCCGGACACCAUGGCCAUACUGGUGUCCCGGUCGGCCUUCUGCGGCCCAUAACCAACGAUUCCUUCUUCGACGACUGGCUUUACGAGCGCCGCGAGUACGCGAGCAAAGUGGCAUACCACUACUCCAACGGCUCACUACCAUGGGGCAACGCGACGGACGCAUGGGAUCCGGUGGCCUUGUAUAGGAAAACCCUGGCGGCGCAAAAGGAUGGCAGUGUCACAAUUGCUAGCGUCGGCUUCUUCGACAACUUAUCCGGCCUCCUCAACUCCACCGCUGACGCCUACUCCCGGCUCCCCGGCCCCGCCCUCAUCGCCGCCAAAGUCUCCAAACUCGUCAUAAUGGUCUGA